AUGUCAUCUACUACGGCGACCUACCUCUCCGCAAUGAGAUCUCCUUCCAACUGGAUUGGAAGUCGCGGCCAUGCUCAAGUCAGAAUCCCUGACCGCGAGCUGAUUCCCAGACUUGCUACUGUCACUGUCUGGCGCCCCAACCGUUGUUCGACCCAGGCGCCCCUGGACCGGACAGUGCUCUUCACCGAUGCCCAAAUCUUCAUCAAGCGGACCCGGUUUUUCCCAGAACGAUGUGCAUGA